GUGUUAUUGUGUGCGUACGCAAAUAACUCAAGCGUAGUAGUUCCAACAGUGGAAUAUGCGUAACUCUGAUGCAUACAAAAGGCUACGUACCAAACCAAGAAAAAAAAAAUCUGAUUGCGGCAAGUUUUCUCCUGCUACAUUUCGAAUUAUGAUAAGGUAUUUAAUGUAAAUUCAAAAAGGGAAAAAUGACUAUGGAGCUUUCCUAUCAAGCAAUGAAAACAGCCAACCAAGCGAGAGAGGCGGAUGAAAUGAGAGCAGAAGCCAGGCGAAAGAAUCUGCUAGUUCUGAUUCUCCACUACAUGACACAGGAAGGAUAUAUGGAUGCUGCCAAUGCCCUUGAACAAGAAACCAAUUUAGGUUUGCGUUGUUUUGAAGUUUGUGACAACAUAGACUUGGAGACAAUCCUGUUAGAGUAUGAGAGCUACUACUUCAUUAAAUUUCAACGGUACCCAAAGCUUACUAAAAAGGCAGCGGAAUCUGGAGAAAAGAAGCACCCAAGAAGUGGGGGAAAACUAAAGAGAACCCCCAGCUGUAACUACCAGACUCUUCCCAGGAUAAAUCAGCCCCAGGGCACUCAACGUCCUCCAUCAAAAACUACUGGAAAAAGAACAGCUGUUAGAGAAAGCCCAAAACAGGAGAACGGCUGUUCAACCCCUCCAGAAACAGCAGAGUUUGGUUUAAAUGUGUCAUCUCUCACUAGGAGUGGCGGAGGGGAGGGAACACAAAUAAAAAAGGGCCAAGUGAUUGACUUCCGUGGAUUGAUCCAAGAUGCAAUUAAAGGAGCUUCAAACGAUGUAAACGGCUUAAACUGUAACCCAGAUCCUUCUGAACGUCUUAUUAAACCUCUCAGUGCCUUUAGUGGAAUGAACAGUGAAAUGAGAGAAUUGGCAUCUGUAAUAAGCAGGGAUAUAUAUUUGCACAAUCCAAAUGUGAGAUGGGAUGACAUUAUUGGACUUGAUGCAGGCAAGCGAUUAGUCAAAGAAGCUGUCUUGUAUCCUAUUAAGUACCCCCAGCUAUUUACUGGGAUUCUUUCUCCUUGGAAAGGGCUAUUGCUCUAUGGACCUCCAGGGACUGGCAAAACACUGCUUGCUAAGGCUGUUGCAACGGAGUGCAACACGACAUUUUUCAAUAUUUCAGCAUCCAGCAUUGUCAGCAAAUGGAGAGGGGAUUCAGAAAAGCUGGUUCGGGUUUUGUUUGAUCUUGCAAGGUACCACGCCCCUUCUACUAUUUUCUUGGAUGAGUUGGAAUCAGUAAUGAGCCACAGAGGAACAGGCCCAGGCGGGGAACAUGAAGGCAGCCGGCGAAUGAAGACAGAGUUGCUGAUUCAAAUGGACGGCUUGGCACGCUCGGAUGAUCUUGUCUUUGUGUUAGCGGCUUCCAAUUUGCCAUGGGAACUAGACCAUGCUAUGUUGCGAAGAUUAGAGAAAAGGAUCUUAGUGGGUCUGCCAACCAAAGAGGCAAGACAGGCUAUGAUCAAACACUGGCUGCCCCCACUAAGUAACACAGGAGGUGUGGAGCUAUGGACUGACCUGGACUACAGACUUCUGGGACAACAAACAGAUGGUUACUCUGGCUCUGAUAUAAAGCUAGUGUGCAAGGAGGCAGCAAUGAGACCUGUAAGGAAAAUCUUUGAUGCUCUGGAAAAUCACAAAGGAGGUAAAACAGAGUUGCCCAUUAUCAAAUUGGAGACAGUGACGACGACAGAUUUCCUAGAUGCGAUUGCUCAUACAAAACCCUCUGCAAGAAACCUGAUUGAAAAAUACACAGCUUGGCAGAAGGAGUACGAGUCUGUUUGAAGAUUCUGUGGUUCUUUGAGCUCUACAAGUUUCAAAAAGUGAAUCACAACAGCAUUGCUCCCAAGGACUGAACUGGGCUUCAACAGAAAAGUAAAUCCUUUUAUACUUAGUAACCGAAAAAGAGGAUAAAAGGACCAUGAACUUAAAGAACACUUUAAAUCUUUUGUAGUUUUCAGUAACAAUGCUCUACUGAUUUGUAACCAGGCAGGCAUUUGUCAAACGCAUACAUCACAGUAAUAAUAAUCACAAAACAACACUGUUGUGUGGCAAGUCAACAUUAUUCUGCCUCUAUUGUUAUACAGUGACCAAAGAAUAAUGUUAUGUUAUGUAAACAAAGCUUUUAUUUUAUUUUAUUAAAUGUUUUAAUACAAAAACAAUUUUCUUUUCUAACAUGAAUAGAUUUAUAGAUGUCAACUCUUUCAGACAUAUAUACCAAUUUUAUCUUAUAAAUACUACUGCCUGCAAAAUCUAGGCUUCAAACACAAGGGGUUAACUGUACAAAUCGUAUCCCUACAUUCUAAUAUUGCUACCUUCUGAUUUGCAUUGCUCUAAGGCAUAUACAUUUUCCAGGCCUUAUCCGUGAACCAGUUAAGAGGCUUCUGAACUGGAUUGUAUUAAGUGUAGCACUGAACCUGGAGUCUGGACUAUUGAAACAUGCUCCCUCAGAUGUGCUAAACAAUAUUAUAUUUACAUGUAACCCACUGCUACGUAAGUACUAGUUAUUUAAAUAUACAUAUGUGUAGCAUAGUCAGAUAAAAAACUAACACGGGUAUAUACAAUUGGUGUUAGCUUUCAGCGACAAAAGAAAUAGAUAAAGCCACUUUACAAUAUGCCCAGUACUGAAAUAAAGUGACUCCUGUUCACCAGUGGGCUUGAUCUGCAAGGAGAUGCAGGUACUCACGGCAUCUUUUACUGCCCUGUGGGUGUUUUCUGAUGUAUGUGGACUGUUUUUUUUCUUCAUCUGUAUACAAAGGUUGCAUUUUUAAAAAUGAGUUCUUGUGA